AUGGUGCAGGGUAUGAGACACCUGCAAUGCCAAGAGGGAACUGUAGUGAAGAGGAAAAGCACCAUUACAGCUGUAUCAAGUGGGAGCCCUGAUGAAGCACAUAGCAGUGGAUGUAGUGGGACCACUACCUGUGACAGUGCAGAAGUACUGGUGGAGCAGUUCUUCACAAGAUUUGGUGUACUGGGUGAGCUGCAUUCCAAUCAAGGCUGUGAGUUUGAGGAAGAGGUGUUCAGCAAGUGUUGCCAUCUGUUGGGCCUGCAGAAGAUGAUGACAAAGCUGAAGCCACAGUCUGAUGGGAUGAUAGAACAUUUCAACAGAACCCUCACCCAGGAGUUGGCCAAGUACUGUAAGGAAGGAAAGACAGAAUGGGACAGGAAGCUCCCUGCCCUGCUCAUGGCAUACAGGUCCACCAUGCAUGAAGCUACUACUUACUUGCCGGCCAGGCUUAUGAUGGGUUGGGAGCUCCAACUGCCAGAGGACUUGACAACUGGAUGCCCUCCUGAUAAAGUGCUGCCUACUGUGUCUACAGACUACGCCAUAGCAUUGCAGGAGCAACAAAUGGAAGCCCACCAUCAGUUGCAGGACCGACUAAAACUGAUGGGAUGA